ACUUUUUUUUUUAGGUUUUAAAAAAAAAAAAAAAAAAAAAAAGAAUAUAAGUUCCGUAAUUUAAAAUUACUACCAUGAACUUUCCAGACACAUUUUUAAACCUUACAAUCCCUCAGUACUAUGCUGGGAAGAGCGUAUUUUUGACAGGAGGAACUGGUUUUAUUGGCAAGGUUUUGGUUGAAAAGUUAUUGCGUGGUUGUCCUGAAAUCAAAAAUAUUUACUUAAUGAUCCGUCCAAAGAAAGGAAUGUCUUGUGAAGAAAGGUUAAGCAAAAUCUUGAAAUGCCCGCUGUUUGAUAAAUUGAAUUCAAUUAAUUCUGAUGCCAUUAAUAAAGUGAUUCCUAUCCCAGGAGAUGUGGUUCAUAAAAGUCUUGGGAUAUCAUGUGAAGAACGUAAAAUCUUAUGUGAAAAUGUUGAAAUUAUUAUACAUUCAGCUGCUACUGUUCGGUUUGAUGAGCCAAUUAGGGUUGCUAUGGAAAUGAAUGUCAUAGGUGUCAUAGAGAUGCUUAAAUUAGCAGCAGAAAUGAAAAAAUUGAAGGUGUUUUGUCAUAUCUCUACAGCUUACUCGCAGUGUAAUUUAAAAAAGGAGGUUGAAAUAAAAGAGCAAUUUUAUCCUGUGUUUGCAGAAGCAGAGAAAAUUAUCAAUGUCAUGCAAUGGAUGACAGAUGACAUGUUGAAUAGUUUAACAAAAUCUUUACUGGGAGGUUACCCAAACACAUACACAUUUACGAAAGCUUUAGCAGAGGAUUAUCUAAAACGUAAUGCUAGUGAUCUCCCUUUAAUAAUUGUGAGACCAUCAAUUGUUACAGCAUCUCUUUCAGACCCAGUCCCGGGUUGGGUUGACAACUUCUUUGGCAUAAGUGGAGUUAUUGCUGCUGUCGGAAAAGGAGUUCUUCGUACUAUCCAUGCCCCAAAGGUGAAAAAUGACAUGGUUCCUGUUGAUUUAGUUUCAAAUUGUAUAAUUUCAGGAGUAUGGUAUUAUGGUGUAAGUCAAUUAUCUCAACCAUUGAUUUGUAAUUGCACAUCUGGCAAUGUAAAUCCAUCAUAUUUUGUGAACAUGGAUAAAACAUGUAGUGAAGCUUUGUAUGAGUAUCCAUUUAACAGUAUUGUUCGAAGACCUAACUUUGCUUUUGCUGCAUCAAAAUUUAUGAAUCGUUAUUGGCAAGUUAUAAGUCAUUACAUUCCUGCUAUUAUCGCAGAUGGUUUAUCUAUUCUUGUGGGAAGUAAACCAAGGUUCAUGAACUUGUAUCGUUCUAUAGACAACAAUUUGUCUAUCCUGGAGUUCUUUAUAUUUAAUGAAUGGAAGUGGGGAAACCAAGAAUAUAACCGAAUUCUCAAAGCUCUACCUGAUGAAGAUCGUGAAAAUUUUGACUUCGAUAUGAGAAGAAUUGAUUGGGAAAAAUACUACCAGUCUAUAACACUUGGCGUGAAAUUAUAUUUAAUUAAAGAUGAUUUAAAAGAGUUACCCAAAGCAAGGCGACUUCAUAAAAGAUACAAGUUGGUUCGUUGGUUGUCGUCGUUAUUGAUUACAAUGUUAUCUUGUAGAUUUUUUUUCCUAAAAUCGGAAAGAUUUAGAAUGCUGUGGUUUGAGGCGCUCUUUGCCAUUUAUAAAUUUCUUCAAUUCUUUAAAAUAGCUAGCUUUAAUGCGUAAUUACAGAAGAAAUGAGCGAAAUUCUCAUGGAGAAAUUCUCAUGCAGCUAUCGGAUGAUUUACAUCGGCAAGCGAUCCGAUUAUAAUAAAGUUACUUCCAUUUGAUCAAACUAGAAAACUGAAUAAGUUUCGCUUCGUUGCAGUUUUACGUUGCGUUUUUAGCGUCGUUUUUUAUGCAUUUGUAGCAUACAAUUAAUUUAUUUUGUUUAAUUUAUUUAAACAAAAAUGCGAAUACAACACUAGAAUUUUAAUUAAAUGUGGGAAAAAUCACAAAAAUACUUUUAGAUUUUUUUUUUAAUUUUUAUUAUUACUUUAUUUUGUCAUUAUUAUUGUACAAUAUUUUUUUACUCUCUGUACUUGGCUUUCUUAUUGAUUGAUAUAUAUUUAUUAACAAA